CGCCGCCCCGCUCCUUUUAACGGGCUCCAGCCCCACACGCCGCGGCCCGCGGCCGGGCCCCGCCCCCCGCCCCUCACACCCCCGCGGCGCCCAGCCAACGGCAGCGCGUGCGCCCGGAGGUGUGUCCCGCCCCACGCGGCGCACGCGGCUCAGCGCGCCGCUGCCCGGCUCGGGGGCGGGGCGGGGCGGGGCGGGGGGUGCCCGGGCCCCUCCGCAGCGGCCAACGGUGCCCCCGCAAGGGCCGACGCCCCGCCCCGCCGCCGGCGCCCCUCCGCGCCGGCCGCCCCUCCCGCCGCGCCCGGCCCUCCCCUGCUCCUCGCCGGGUUUUUCCACUGCCACCCGGCGCCCCACCGCGCUGCCGGCGGCGGGCGGGGCUGCCGCCCCCACAGGGGCUCCUCACCGCAGCCCCCCGGGGCAGGUGCGGCGCCGGCUCUCCUUGCCCUGCCGAGAGGCCAAGCCCGGGGCUGGGGCAGCGGGAGGGGUCUCAGGGACUACCCCUUCUCUCAGAACUCACCCCUCGGCGUGAAAUGGUGGAACUUGUAACUGCCCGUGGGGGAAAAGCGCACCCCAGCAGAGCUGCCCGGCUGGACACACCGAGCCGCCCCGCGGGAACGCCACUGCUUGGCUUUCUGAAUAAAACCCGGGGUGACGCUCGUCAUCUGGUAACCUUGAUAAAGCAUUUAAAAAGCCACCUCUGUAGCACCUGCCUCCAGUACCUGACCUCACACUGUCUUGGCCUGAGAGGAUUCACAAGUUCUGAAAGCUGUCACUGUUGCUAUUCACAGCGCAUUUGAAGGAUUACAGAUAAAGAAGUGAUUUAAAAACUAGUAAUAGCCCCCAUCUUCCCAUUCUGUGACAAGGCAACAUGACUCCUACUGUCAAAUGUCCAACCUUACACACACGUUUGAAAGAAAGUCUGGCAGCGUUCAGUAGAAGAAAGAUGACAGGGUGCAGACACGGUUAAAUUGGGACUCGCCAGUGACACAAAAAACCCCAAAACACACACUUCUUUUUUCCUUCCAAGAUUUCCACAUCCUCACCUCUGUACCUCAGUAAUAUCUUGCUAAUGGAGAAUGACCAUUACCACUCCUCCAGGAGCUCACACUUCUUUUCCCUCCUGUCACUCACCUUCUAGGUCUUUACAUUGCUUUUUCUUCUUCUACCCACUACUUCCAUUCUUUUUUCCCUUUCUCCCUGUCCCCAUCUCCUAGUCUGUCAUACCAGAGCUCCCAUUCAUUUACUUCAGACCUUACACCAUUACAACCAUUUCUUCCCUUUUUAAAAACCCUGUAACUUUGUUUUCAAUUUACUGGUUCUUUCCGCUUUCACUCCAUCUAUACAAUUCUUUUACCCUCCUUUUAACUUCAAUAUUUUCUCCUUUUUCCUCUGUUUCUGCAGUUCAUCAUUUGCCACUGCUUUUUUCUCUCCAGCCCAUCCCUCACCUCGGCUCUUGUGUCACGGUGAGAUCCUGGACACACCGCAUGAGUCCUCUGCUAGUGCCAGCCAUCACCCACUGCUCCGGGCUGAGCAGAUUCUUCAAUGCCCCUCAGUUUCUCACAUCCCUUAAAGACUCCUUCACUGUCCCCACAAGUUAACAGGUUUAUACAUGCAGCAUCCACCCAAGUGCUCUUUAGAUAUUGCUCCUAGAAAAGAUGGUAUCUGCAAUUAAAGCUAACAGACACACUCGAGGACUAUGCGAAAGAGGGAACAAACAAAAGGGGCAAAGGUGUUUGUAUGAUGGUUUGUAAAUCACUGCUUUAUGUCACUGCCAGGUGAGUCACGCAAAGAAGUAACUGGAAAGUAUUAAAGGAAACACAGUCCAAAGACUCAUUCUCUGUACACAAGGCCAACUCUCCAAUUUAUUAUGUAUUACAACAGCAAGGAACAUGAAAAUACUGCUUUAAACUCUGCAAAAAAUACUACGGAAGUAAAAGCAAAAGAGCUCCUAGUAACAGAUGGUACAGGCAAAAAGAUAGGUUUAUGCAGCAGGAGCUGGUGAAGGCAAACGGGGAAGAAAACCCGUCUCUUCAUUGUGGCAAGAGAGGUACACAUCAACACUAACACUUGUGUUGUUUAAAAGCGCUAUUAAAAACCAGAGGAAGCGAGCAGUGAAUUAGCAACACUCGCAAGCCGCAGAAGCUCCUGAUACCGAUCACGGGCACGGAAAGACGCCUGGCCAGCCGCAGCCAAGUGAGACGGCACCGGGGACACGGCGGGGCCGGCUGCACGCUCGCUGCCGGGGAGGCGCCAUUUGCCAGGAAUGAGACAGGCCUUAAGAGCUUCCCUGAGCCCACCUCGGCCACGGCCCCUCCCGCACGGCUGCGGUAACCCCGCCGACUGCCCGCGGCUCCGCUCCGCGCUCCGGCCGGGGCGGGCCGCCUCCCGCACUGCCAAUCCCAGGCCCGCGGAACCGGCAGGCCCGGCAGAGGCCGCCCCGCCCGCGCGGUUGGAGUGGGCGCGAGGCAGCGGCCCGCCGCGCCAGCCCUUCCCGGGGCCGGAAGCGUGUGCCGGGGCCGUACCAUCGAGCCAGGCGGGCCGCUCCAGACGGUUCCGGCGGGGCGGCAUGGAGGAGCGGCGGUACCGCUCGGCGUCCGGGGCGCCCAUCGCGCUGCGGACCCGCCAGCACAGCGCCUCCUGCCGGGAGCUGGCGGUGCGCUGCCCCCGCCUACAGCUCCGCUCCCUCAGCGCCGUCACCUCCGCCGUCUGGCUGGCGGCCUACGGGCUCUUCGUGCUCAGCCAGAAUAGUAUGGUGCUUUCUGCUGCUAUCUUCAUCACACUGAUUGGCCUGAUCAUAUACCUGCACUUUGUGAAAAUUGACCAGGAAUCCCUGCUGGUCAUCGGCUCACUCGGCAUUCAGGUGACUGCAUCCUAUGCAUCAGGGAAGGAGAGCACGACCUUCAUUGAGAUGGGUCGUGUGAAGGAUGUGGUUAUCAAUGAAGCCAUCCAUAUGCAAAAAGUUAUCUACUACUUGUGCAUUCUCCUCCAGGACCCUGGAGAUCCUCAGGGAGUAUCUGAGGUUGUGCCACUCUUUCAGAGCUCCAAGCCACGUCUGGACUGCUUGAUAGAAGUAUACAGAAGUUGUCAAGAAAUCCUGCAGCAGAGGAAGACAGCUCCACAAUCAAAUGGAAUAAAAUAGUAAAAAUAAUUUAAAAAAUGAAAAUGAAGGCAGCGAGCUGCCAGCAGGUCUCACAGAAACACAUGGAAAAGUAACUACAAAACUGCCCUGUGGCUUUUUAUAAUUACAUGAGUGGUGCAUAAGUACACUGACGUUAAGGCUAAAGACCCUCAGACUCACAGAGUUGUUACAGAAAAUGGCAGCUCAGCGCAGAAGCAAACGUUGAAAUCCUCUGCUCUGAAGACAGGUGAUCAGAACUUUUUAGACUCAGACAGCAGCAUUUUUUUCUUGCCUCUCCAGCAAAAAAUCAUGGGGAAAUAAGGCAAAGGGAGGCAAGAAUAUGUGUCAAAUGUUUAGUCUUUUGUGGAUCUGAAAAUUAUGCUAAAAUAAUAAUGUAACCCUUGCCAUACUGCCAAAAAUAGGCUUUUUUGUUUGUUUCUAUUUAACCCUUUGUUUGAAAAAGCAUAUACCACUCUAAAUACCAAAGUUGAUGUUUGGGCUGGGAUAGUAACUUCCUGAUCCACAGGAGAAUUUCAGAAAAAAAAUAACAGAAAAUUAAAAUACACUGUUACACUAUAUUAUGUUUAAUGAAAUAAACAUAGGAGAGCAGACUUUGAUCUCUUUAGGGAUUUGCUUGAAAGAGUCCCAUGGGAUGGGGCUCUGGAGGUAAGAAGGGUCAAACAAAGCUGAUGGUAGUCAAGGAUCACCUCCUCUAAGCCCAAGGACAGUCCAUCCCCAUGAGCAGGAAGUCAAGCAGAAAUUCCAGGAAGCCUGCAUGGAUGAACAAGUUGCUCCUGGUGAAACUCAGGACACAAGAAGAAAGCAUACAGAAGGUGGAAGCAGGGACAGAUAACAGAUAACCUGGGAGGAAUACAGCAACACUGCCCAUCAUGCAGUUAGGAAAGCCAAAGCCCACCUGGAUUUGAAUCUGUUGAGGGAUGUCAAAGGCAACAAGAUGAGCUUCUCUAAGUACAUAAGUGGACACAUUGCUGAAUGGGGCAGAGGCAUGGUGACACAGGACAUGGAAAAGAAGUGGCAUUAAAAGCACCACAUCAAUUGCUCUGAGAAUAUGAGGAAAAUGUGUUGAAGAAAAUAAUGGUAAUGACUAUGUGAAUAAAGUUUUAUUGGUCUGUGCUCUCCAGA